GUUCAUUUCAUUUUCUUGGCAGACAUCGCAGCGUUGACAUAACGCUGCAGACUAAACGGAUUACACUCGAAGAAAACCCAACAGACUAUAAAUAGAUAAAGUUAUCAUUAAAUAAAAAAUUAUUAUAAAUUAACCGACUAAGUUUAACAAAAAAAACCCCGAAACGAUGCAACUUCUUACCAGUUUGGUGGCUUUUGGCCUAAUUCUUGCGUUAAGUGGCGCUGAGGCUGGUGGCUUACGUCUCCGGCAUACCAGCCCCCGGACGGCCACGCCCCCUGCCCCCAGCACCACGCCCACCACCACGGAGGCGGCCGUCGAGGAGAGUCCCGUCCAAGUAACGGAGCCGCAACAGGAAACGGAAGCAACGACUGGAAAGCAUAAGCGCGGAAUCCUUCACGGUGGCCACGCCCCCUGGCCGGCAAGGACCUAUGCCGCCCACUACGGUUACAGUGUCCAGUUGCCGGGAGGAAGCGCCUUCCUGGCGGCCAUCCCGGGCCACCAUCGUCAUCACGGACACUUUGUGAAGUACGGCCAUACUUUGGUGAAGCCUCUGGUGGCUUCCGGAUCCGGUCUGCUGGCCACUCCCACUGGACUAGGUGGCGCCGCAACAGCCGCCCUCUUGCCCGCCGCUGGAGCCGUGGCUCCUGCCCUAGCCCCCGCUCUAGGCCCCGCUCUAGCCCCAGCUCGUUCUCCCGCUCUGGCCACCGCCAUUCCCGCCGGAAUCGCCACCGCCUUGUCGUCCGGAGUGGCAGCCGCCACCGGAGCCGCUCUUCCUUCGUAUGUCCUGCGGCCUGGCAACGCCCUGGUCUCCUCCUACAGCGUCAACUACCCGCACCAGAAGCCGCACCAGGUGCUCUUCCAGGCACCUGCUGCCGUCAAGCCCGUCCACUUCCACGCUCCAGGCCAUGCUCACGCCCAUGUUCACGCCGUUCAGCCCACCUAUGUCCAGGCCUUUGCUCCUGCAGCUCCUGCCGUUCCUGUCCAGCCCGUUCAGCCAGUUCAGCCCGUUCAGCCCGUCCAGGCGGUUCAGCCCAUUCCGGUCCAGCCUCUUCAGCCUCUCCAGCCGUUGAACCCAGUGCAACCGCUGCAGCCAGUGCAACCUGUGACCCCCAUUCAACCAGUGCAGCCUCUGCAACCCGUCCAGCCUCUUCAACCCGUCCAGCCCGUGCAACCCGUCCAGCCCGUGCAACCCUUCCAGCCCAUUAACCCGCCCACAGUGACCUUUGGAGUACCUACUCCCACAGCUCCGGCCGUCGAUGUGCCAGUGGUGCCUCAGGUGCCCCAGACUCCACAGAUCCCUCAGUUCCCGCAGUUCCCUCAGAUCCCUCAGUUCCCUGGAGUGCCCACCUUUACUUUCCAGCCCGCCCAGCCCGCCCAGCCCGCUCAGCCUGCCAUUCCAGCAGCUCCUGAAGCUCCGGAGGUGCCUCAAGUCCCAGCUAUUCCCCAGAUCCCAGCCAUUCCCCAAAUCCCUGCCAUUCCCCAGUUCCCCGGCUUUCCCCAGAUCCCACAAUUCCCUCAAGCUCCGGCGGCGCCAUCGGUACCCUCGGUGCCCGCCUUCUCCAGUCCCCCAAGUCCGCCCACGACCACCCAGUUCUUCCCGGCGGCUCCUCAGCCACCACUGCCCCAGCAACCGCCCACUUUUAUCCAGCCGGAGGCCCAGUUUCCCGGCGGCAUAGUGCCCCUGCCAGGAUCCACGCCCGUGCUUCCCGAAUCCGGAACAGGGAUCGCCUCCCCGCAGAUCCCUCAGAGCCCGGAGCUGCCGGAACCAGAGCAGCCGGCUCCCGGACCCGCCAGACCUACCCAGCAGCCCUGGAAGCCAGUCUUCUACCAGCCGCCCACCGAAUCCUCGGCAGCCACGCCCAACAAUCGUCCUUCCAUCACGCUCCUGCCUCCCUACGGCAGCUCCCCAGCUGAAGGUUACCUGCCCCCCGUUGGCUCCCAGCCGUCUCCCCUGAGCUCCAGCAGCGCCGGAGUGGGCAGCCAGGGAGGCAUCUUUGACCAGCUCACCGAUGCCGAGCUGGAGCACAUCUUCGCCCAGGCCAACUUGGCGCAGCAGCAGCACCACCAGAGAAACAACUACCACCACUACUAAGUAGGGAUCGAACUUCGAGCCACACCUAGGGAUCUUAUAAUUUUUUUUUUAUUUUUUUUCUCAUCACUUUCGUCAUGUAUCUGUUAUCUUUAUUGUAAAUUAUGUUAUUAAAUAAGUUAUUUAUG